AAAUAAUGGCUUCCAAAACCAUAAGACUAAUUGUUGAUGGAUGCGAAUAACAAAUAAUUUUUGAGCAAUCUACGACCGUAAAAGAACUUUUGGAAUUUGUUAAAUAUAUUAAGGAGUAUAAAUAAUAUUUAAAGUUAAAAGUUUAUCAUCAAGGAAUGAGAAUUGGACUUGUUUUUCAAGUGUAUAAAAUAGAUUUAUGAGUAGAGAUGAGUAGAUUAAUCAAUAAUAAAAUGAAAUUCUGAUAAUCGAAACAAACUCCUAAUCUGCUAAAAUCGAUAAUAAUUAAGAAGAAUCAAAUUACAUUUUUUUAAAUAUCAUGGUUAGAAAUGGCAAUAACACAGAAGAAUUUUAAGCAAAUUAUGAUAUAUAAACUUCGCUUGAUGAAAUCGCAUAAUCUAUUUUAACUCAUUGCUAACUAUCACAAAAUAAGUAAAGAUCAGAUCAUAAUAUAGAAAUCCACCUUUUGUUUCCCUAUAGAUAUAACAUUAGACAUACAAUGAUGUAAUAAAGAGAAGCAAAUCAUUAGCAUAAUUACAAAUAAAAAAUUAUACCAACAUAGAAGCGAUAAUAACUAAUCUAGAUUGAUGAAUGAAC